AAGAAAGACAUUUACAUUCCACUACGAAGCCGCGGCUGCUAAGGAAGUGGGAACAAGUCUCGUGUCACGACACACAACGAGUUUGUCUCUGAAGAGAUGGGUCUAGUUUUCCAGCGGACUUCAGUAGGGCAUGCGCUCAGGAGUUGUCCACUUCACAGAAGACCACGACGUCAACACGCAACACUAACUCCAAAAUACUGACCACCACUCGUGUUUAUAGAUGUUUUAAUAUCAGUGAUCUUGUGAUUAUUACGUAUCAUGGUUACACAGAAGAAGAACUGCGUGAUCACGGCCGCUGAAAUCAGGAAAAGUGAAAAACGGCUUGAAUUCUGACGACACCAUCAAAUUACUAUGAGCUGUGGCUUAAUAAUUUAAUGUCCUUCCGCAAAUAUUAUUAUGAAACCAAAAUAUCCAAAGUCAGUCUUCUUCAUCGUCAGCAAUGAGUUUUGUGAAAGAUUUUCAUAUUAUGGAAUGCGAACAAUACUUGCCCUGUACUUGAGGAACAUUCUCUUAUACAGCGAUGACGAUGCCACGGUUAUAUACCAUGUAUUUGCCAUGUUCUGCUACUUCUUUCCGCUCUUUGGGGCCAUGUUGGCUGACACUCUGAUUGGAAAAUUCAGGACCAUCUUCUAUAUUUCCAUCGUUUAUGCCAUCGGGAAUGUUGUCAUAUCGGUCGCUUCAGCAACAGGAGCAAUUGAAGUGCCUGCCAGGGAACUUAGUAUAGUUGGGUUACUUCUGAUUGCUAUUGGCACGGGAGGAAUCAAGCCUUGCGUAUCAGCGUUUGGUGGAGAUCAGUUCAAAUUGCCACAGCAGGAGAAACAACUUCAGCAAUUCUUCUCAUUGUUCUACUUUGCCAUCAAUUCCGGAAGUCUCAUUUCAACGUUCCUGACUCCGGUUCUCCGAGAAGAUGUCAAGUGCUUUGAUCAGGACACGUGCUAUCCUCUGGCUUUCGGGAUACCCGCGGUUCUCAUGAUCAUUUCUGUCAUAAUCUUUGUUCUCGGCAAGAGGCUGUACGUUAUUAAAAAACCAGAAGGGAAUGUUUUGCUGUCAGUCUCUAAGUGUAUUUGGCAUGCUCUAAUAAGGAAGGGAAAGUUGAAGAAGCAUGAUAAGCGUGAACAUUGGCUGGACUACGCUGAUGAUAAAUACGAUAAAACUCUGAUUAACGAUACUAAGGCGACAUUACGGGUUCUCUUCCUCUACCUUCCGCUUCCAUUUUUCUGGGCACUUUUUGAUCAGCAGGGAUCUCGUUGGACAUUCCAGGCCACCAGAAUGAAUGGGGAAUUGGGUGACUGGACUCUAAAACCAGAUCAGAUGCAAGUUGUGAACCCUCUACUUAUUCUGAUUUUUAUACCAAUCUUUGAAACUGCGCUGUACCCUCUUCUAGCAAAAUGCAAUAUAAAACGGCCUUUGCAGAAGCUUGGGAUUGGUGGCGUCCUGGCCGCCAUAGCUUUUGUCGUCUCGGCAAUUGUCGAAAUCCAAUUACAGGAUACAUACGCGGUUCUUCCACAAUCUGGGGAGGCUCAACUCAGAAUUUUUAAUGGCUUUAACUGUCCGGUUACAGUUGAUGUGUCUGAGGUAGACCGCGUUACAAUUGAACCCCUCAGCUACUGGAACGCCCAGACUCUGUCUGUGGACGGUAACAGAGUAUAUAAUGUGGAAGUUCAUGGUGAUGGAUGCAGUGACCAAUUUGAAUUUAGAGGAUUCGUAAAUGUAACAGAGAACGAGGGCACAUCGUACUUCAUAACCGGUGAUAGUUCUAAUGCAACGAUUGUUUCUCUGGAAACCUCAUCAUCACCGUACGAUAUCAUCGAUAAGUCUAAAUCAGGAGAUCCUUUGCUUAGGAUACUUUAUGGUUUCGCGGAUAUGCAGGUUAACCGAACAUUGAGAUUCGAAGAAGUGGAUGAUGGUACAGAGACAAAAGAAUUCACACUAUUUCAUAAUACACACACGACAGAAACUGAAGAAAUACCGCCUACUACCUACCACGUAUCACUCGAUGGUACAAAUCUCGAAGAACAGAAACUGCAACUCGGAGGAGUUUAUACUUUAAUUAUUCACGAAAGUGCUAAUGAAAUUAGGAUGAGCCUGCUUACAAUAACUCAGCCGAACACCGUCCACAUGCUGUGGCUAAUCCCACAGUAUUUUAUCAUAACCAUGGGAGAAGUGAUGUUUUCCAUCACCGGUUUGGAAUUCUCCUUCACGCAGGCUCCUGUCAGCAUGAAGUCUGUUCUUCAAGCUGGAUGGUUGCUCACAGUUGCAUUUGGUAACCUCAUCGUGGUCAUCAUCGCAGAAGCAAAAUUCUUCGACAGCCAGGCACACGAGUUCUUCCUGUUUGCAGGGCUUAUGUUGGUAGACAUGGCAAUAUUUUCACUGAUGGCUAUGAAAUAUAAAUAUGUUGAAGUUCCUAAAGCUGAGGAUGAAGAUGAAAGCAAGAGCGGCGAGUUAGCGCUGAAGGAGACACAAUUCAGUAAAAAAAAUGGCAUCGAUAAUACGUCAUUCAAGGGUGACGAACAGGGAUAAUGAAAUUUCCAUAUCGUCAUCAGCGAUGACUGUAAAUAACUUGUAAUCUAACAGUGACAUUUUAUAAUUCAGAAUAUUAAAAUAAUUUUUUUUUCAGGAACAGCCGCAGAUACCAGCGAAUAUUGGAAUGGUUAUUUUAUAUAAUAAUAGUUUUAUUCGGUGUAACUAUUAAUAUAUUUUCCCCCACCUUUUGUCUGAUUACAUUUUGAAAUUAUUAAACAGGGUUGCAUUAUAACCUCAAAUGUUCUCAUUGAAUUAAAUUACAGACGAUUGUAAAACCACUUGUUCCAUAAAUAAAGCUACUACAUUUUGUUUAAUUGAAGGAACAGGAAAAACAUUUAUGAAUGAAGAUCGAGCCAUUUAUGCAGCUUUGGAAGAAGAAUGGAUUAUUUUCUAUGCUACUUCGUCGUCAUGUCUAUUUAUCCUUAUUCGCUCUGUAUGGAAUUAGGAGGAAAUGCCAAAGCAGCGGAAGGAAUCUGUUAUCGUACCAAUUUGUAAUAAUUAUCGAGGAAUCUCUCUUAUCAUCCGCCUGCAAAAAUUUUUCCAACGGCAAGGCUGACUCCAUUUGCCAGUGAAAUUAUUGCGGAUCGUCGGUGUGGAUUCUGUGAUGAUCGAUCUACGAUUGAUCAGAUUUUCUACAUUUGCCAGAUACUAGAGAAAAAUGGGAGUACGAUGGGACGGUAUUUCAACUGUUUCUAGACUUCAAGAAAGCCUCUGACUCAGUUAAAGGAGAAACUCUUUCUAUUUUGCUUGAAUUUGGUGCACCUAAGAAGUUCGUCAGACUAAUUAAAAUGUAUUUCGUGAAACCCCUAGAAAAAAUUCAUGUCUGGGAAGACCUUAGGGAGACAGGAAUCGAUGGAUCGAACUGGAUGCAGCUGGCUCAGGAUAGAGUCCAGUGGCAGGCUUUUGUGAACACAGCGAUGAACCUUCAGGUUCCAUAAAGAAAGUGGGCUGUUCUCUGACAAGCUGAGUAUACAAUUGAUUUUUCUAAGAAUUUCCAGCGCCGUUAAGUGAGUUGUCUUCAGCUGUUCCUGAUAUCAGAUUAAACCCUGUUUAAGCAACUUCAGCUGUACAUUGCUGAAACUCUGCUUUAAAGACUUUUUUUGCUGAAUGCCGAACAUAGUAAUGUUGCGAUAGUAACAUUGUUAUUGUUCCUUACUUGUGAUAAAAGACAUCUGCUGGGCAGGUGUCAGUUUUAGAUUACUUGGACGAUUAAUAUGUGUAUUGAUCAUUUUAUAUGUACGUGAUUGCUGUGAAUGACGUAUGUGUGAAAAUUGUGAAUAAGUUACGAUUUUUGGAUGUGAAAA